AUGGCGUCCAUGAGGUUCAAGCCGGUGGAGGAGUGCAGCUCGGAGGGCCGGUCGGAGCAGACGGUGGCGGCGGACUUCGACGGCACGCUGCUGCGGUCCUCCAACGCCUUCCCCUACUACCUCCUCGUCGCCCUCGAGGCCGGCAGCGUGCUCCGCGCCGUCGCGCUGCUCCUGUCGGUGCCCUUCGUGUACGCCACCUACAUCUUCUUCUCGGAGACGCUGGCCAUCGCCACGCUGGUGUACAUCUCGACGGCGGGGCUCAAGGUGCGGAGCAUCGAGAUGGCGGCGCGGUCGGUGCUGCCCAGGUUCUACGCGGAGGACGUCCACCCGGAGAGCUGGCGCGUGUUCAGGUCCUUCGGCAAGCGGUACGUCAUCACGGCCAGCCCCAGGGUCAUGGUGGAGCCGUUCGCCAGGGAGUUCCUGGGAGCAGACAGGGUGGUGGGCACGGAGCUGGAGGUCGGGAAGAACGGCAAGGCCACCGGGUUCAUGGUCAAGCCCGGCGUGCUCGUCGGCGACCACAAGAAGCAGGCCGUGUUGAAGGAGCUGGGCGACGCGGUGCCUGAUGUUGGCAUGGGGGACAGGGCGUCCGAUUUCGACUUCAUGUCAUUAUGCAAGGAAGCCUACCUGGUGACGCCGAGGAAGUACAGCCCGGUGCCCAAGAACCAGCUGCUGACCCCGCUCAUCCUCCACGACGGCCGCCUCGUGCAGCGCCCGACGCCGCUGGUGGCGCUCGUCACCUUCCUCUGGAUGCCCUUCGGCUUCGCCCUCGCGCUCCUCCGCGUCUACAUCAACCUGCCCCUCCCGGAGCGCUACGUCUUCUACAUCUACCACAUGAUGGGCAUCCGGCUCAUCGUCAAGGGCAACCCGCCGCCUCCGCCCAAGAAGGGCAGCCCGGGGGUCCUCUUCGUGUGCAACCACCGCACCGUGCUCGACCCGAUCGAGGUCGCCGUCGCGCUCGGCCGCAAGGUGAGCUGCGUCACCUACAGCAUCUCCAAGUUCUCGGAGCUCAUCUCGCCGAUCAAGGCCGUGGCGCUGUCGCGGGAGCGCGACAAGGACGCCGAGAACAUCCGGCGGCUGCUGGAGGAGGGCGACCUGGUGAUCUGCCCCGAGGGCACCACCUGCCGGGAGCCCUACCUGCUGCGGUUCAGCGCGCUCUUCGCCGAGCUCACCGACCGCAUCGUGCCCGUGGCGAUCAACACCAAGGAGAACAUGUUCCACGGCUCCACCGUGCGGGGCUUCAAGCUCAUGGACCCUUACUUCUUCUUCAUGAACCCGCGGCCGGUCUACGAGGUCACCUUCCUCAACAUGCUGCCCAAGGAGCUCACCUGCGGCGGGGGCAAGUCGCCCAUCGAGGUCGCAAACUACAUCCAGAAGACGCUCAGCGACCAGCUCGGCUUCGAGUGCACAGCCAUCACGCGCAAGGAGAAGUACGGCAUACUGGCCGGUACCGACGGACGCGUCCCAUCCAAGAAUAAGGACAAGGAGAAGAACUAGCUCAUCGAUCGAACUGCCGGCCUUACAAUUAUUUACCAUGGUUCUUAGUAUUGUUUUACAGUUUAUUUACAACAGUUAAUUGUGAUUUGUCAAGAAGUUGGUCGAUUACUCACUGUUUCCAGGAAAUUAAGAGGUCUUGUUCGUGUAUUAGCUUGGAGAUCACAAUUAGCUAGCACCAAAGUAAUUGUUUAU